UACUGCUUUAUGUUAGGUAGUAACAUAUGUACCAUUGUCUUAUAAGGUAGAGUGACACACACUCUUACACGUGUGCCCCGUCUUAUCUCUGUACACAUGUGCGAUAAUUGUUGUUAGCCAGUGGUUAGGUACCCGAGUACACAUCGACCUCACGUCGCGAUGCUUCGCUUGACCAUAUUUGGAGCUAUUCUGGCAAUGUUUCUGUACAGUUACUUAGAUGGUCAAGUUCCUGAACCAAUUCCUGAACAGUUCACGGUGAAGGUUAUCGACGCUUGUAUGAAAACCUACGGUUACACGAUAGGGGCAAUGGUCAGUCUCGGUGUAACUGACCCACUAUCUGACCUGGACAGAGCACUAGCUGACCGCGUUAUCUUACUGAUGACCACUGGGUUUCCGUGGGGACUUGGCGCUGACCCUAAUUUACAGAUAACCGACACUACAAUGAAUGCAGUUCACGUGAGGACGUACGAACCAGUGACGUCACUACAUGUUUCGGACAGACCAGUACUCAUCUACUUCCACGGAGGAGGAUGGAGUACGCUAUCUGUUGACUCAUAUGAUCCACUUAUGAGGAAAAUAGCUAAGGACAGCGGAAUCAUGGUGAUCUCGGUCAAUUAUCGUUUGAGCCCACAAUACCCGUAUCCGAUUCCACUGCAAGACUGUAUCGAUGUUGUGGAGUUCGUCAUAGAAAACUGCGCUACCUUAAAUAUUCAUCCAGACAAAAUAGCCAUCGGUGGGGAUAGCGCCGGGGCUAACAUCGCUGCGGCCAUGUCGUUCAAGUUAAAACACAAGUUAGCGUUACAACUUCUGCUCGUCCCUGUUUUACAAAUGGUAAACUGGAACACAACCUCAUUUAUUGAAAAUGGUCCAUAUUUAGCGAAGAGUAUCAAUACACCGGACUCCAUAUAUUUCAUUCUUAAUUAUCUAAAUCUUGAUUAUAAAUAUGGCCGGGAUUUCCUAAAUAACAAUCAUACGUCUGCCUCUUUUAAGGUAUCGCAUUAUAUGAAAUUAAUUGAUCAAAACAGUUGGCUACCAAAACAUUUUGUUAGAGACAAAAAUCUGAAGGAAAAGAUAGAAUUGCAAACAAAUUUUGGAAAUGAAGAACUAUUUUCAAUCCUCGAGAGCCGAAUCACGAAUCCCCUGUUGUCGCCAUUACUUGCUGGGGACGACAUGUUACAAGGGUUACCUUUGACAUAUAUAGCAACGAGUGGGUAUGACUUUAUAAGGGAUGACGGCAUAAUGUUCUCUGAGAGGCUUAAACAUGUCGGACAGAAAACAAUACUCCAACACUACCACGAAGCCUUCCACAACUCACUAUUCUUCUCACAGGGACCUCUCAAGCUGGACGUCGGGGUUCGAAUCGUCCGCGAUAUCGUUGACGUUCUCCGAGACACACUCCAUUAACAUAAGUCUGUAGUCAAUCAACCGUAGCACUCAUCUUUGGAGUGAAUAGGUGAACAGAUCAUGAUUAUUCGGUUAACAUUUUAAAAAUUUAUUGUGAAGCUGCGAAAAAAUUAUGUUGAUAUUUUAAAGUUUAAAUGUUUGGUUCGAUCUUCUUGUUUUGAAACCUUCCAUAAAACACAUUACUGCACGAGCUGUUAAUCUUUAGCUUACUUAGUACAUGUAUUUACUUAUUUACACCAUGGAAUGAACUGAUAAUGAUUUAUUCUAUUAACAGUUAUAUCUUAUUGUGACGUUAAUGAUAAUUAAAAAAACAAUGUUGAUACCGUAAAGCUUUAACGUUACACGUUUUAUUCGUGUUCUUGAUUUAAACCUUCUUUCCAUAUUCACGCUGUACAUACGAGUUUUGUAAGGUGAUGUGCGGUUGGGUAAUAUAUAUAGCGGUUUUAAUUUAAGGUACAUACAUCCUCAAGAGAUAAGAGUAAAUCGUUAUUUUUACUUGUUAUUGAGGUCGUAAUGCUUUGAAACUUGUCACAGUAACUUUUUUAAAUACUAUUUAUACAUAUGCAUAAUCUGAAAUCAUAACGGUUAGUUUUUGCGUCUAUACAAAGUUUAACAUGAGCAUCCAAGGGUAUUUUCUCGAUAGUUUUUCGAUUUCUUUCUAUAAGUAAAAUAAAGAAAACAAAUUUAUAAUUAGCAUACCGACUGUGAACUCAAUUAUAUGUUUUGAAACGGUAACACAAAGCUUUUAGGAUCCUGAACAUGUAUUAAUCGAUUGUUUUAUAAAGUUGCCGUGAAAGCUUUAAGCAAAGUUAUUUCCGGUUUAAAAAUACAAUUAGUAAAAUAAUUUGCGGUGUUGAGUAAGGUGCCAUGCGGCUUUCAGAUGAUCACAAACGGCACUUCAAAGUUGUUCCUUAAAAAUAGUUUCCAGUUUUGAUUAUGUACCAACGCGCAGUUUUUGUUCUCGAUCCUCUUUAAAUCCAGAAAUCAAGUUCAAGUUCUUUAUUACUUUAAACCACAUGGUUUAUCAGUAUAUAAAUUACAUGUACAACAAGUCCUCACAGUCCUCACAAAUACUCACAACACCCACACUGAUCCACACAUAUGAACACCAGAAAUAAGCACAAGUCAACAACAGCUCCCAUACGUAGUAAUUAAGAUAUUGCCAUUUAGCGUCUACGACCAAUCGCUUCCCUCUACCAUAGAUAUCUCUUGGUAUCAUCCCACAGUGAAGUUUCGGUACUGAAAUCUGCCUGUUUUCUCUCCCAAAAACAAAGAUCUAUACCGCACAGCAGUAUCUGGGUGAUGUGUUGAUGCCUGAUCUAUCACUUCACUUAAAUUACUGACCAUUAAUAUGCAGUGGAAGCACCGGUAUCUAUUCAUAUGGACUUAUACAGGUAGAAACAUAGAUAGAUAUACGCAAAAAAUAUGUUCCAUAUCAGAUAUAUGACAAGAGUCAAAAGCUUAUAUUGGCUUUAACGGCACUUUAUGGACUUUUGGGAUCCCAACCAAAUGAAACGAUAACCGAAAGUUGUAUUACGAAUAUUAACAUGAUAAUGUGGUAAUCGCCAAAGUAGUGCCCAAAUUAGGCAGCAACUCUUUGUCAAUAUCACUUCAAACCAUUCUUACAUUUUAAAUUCUCUAAGAAGAGUAUGUCUGUAUGUACAUACAGUAGAUAAAAAUGUAUGGUCAAAAAUGUCAAAAACAUGCAUAAUUUAAUCAGUAGUGCUUACCUUUAGUUGCAGCCAUGCUGAUUUUUCAACCGCUAUAUACAUUACUCAAACGCACAAUACCUUACAAAACUGCACGUGUAAUACUCGUAUAUACAGCGUGAUGUUAUAUACUAUACAAUUAUUACAUUUUGUGGAGGUGUACACGAGACUAAACGGACCUGGUCAAGAGUUUGUUCAUCGAGACCGCUUGCCGAGGUGAACAAACACUUGACCAGGUCCGUAUAGCCUCGUGUACACCGAACACAAAAGGCAAUAGCUGUUUUGUAAUAUGGCCAGCUAAAAUGAAUGAAAAAAAUCCCAAGGCUUGAUCCAGUCCAAAUCAUGUUCACUAAAGUUUUCAAAGUCGGCAUGCAGACUGACCUUUGGAACUGAAAUAUGGCUUGUUGCACCUGAAAUAAUUUUCCGGGUACUCAAUAAGUCUUUUUUUCUUCAAAUAAGUAAGUAAUUCUUCUUCGUUUAUUGUAGCGAAACGUUGUUGAGGUAUCUCGUCUGCAAUAUUGUAAACAAAGAGAUGUCGAACAAUCGUUUGUUUCCAGCAUUCUGAUUGGCUGGUGUACAAAGUAACACGUUGCGUGAUUGGAGGCAAAGAUUGCCGAUCUGUUCGUGCUAUAAAUAUUGGAAUUUUCCAUUUGAGCUAUUUUUAGCACGAACAGGUCUACUCACUGAUAGGUACUUGUGAGGGAAACAGGAAAUUGGCCAAUGAAAAUUAAGGAAACACUCCAGCCAUAUUACAAUAUAUAAUGUAACAUCUUUGUGAGUUAUAUACUACAUAAUGUAAUAUCUUUGUGAGUUAUAUACUAUAUAAUGUAACAUCUUUGGGAGUUAUGUAGUAUAUAAGGUAAUAUCUUUGUGAGUUAUAUACUAUAUAAUGUAAUAUCUUUGUGAGUUAUAUACUAUAUAAUAUAAUAUCUUUGUGAGUUAUAUACUAUAUAAUGUAACAUCUU